CAAAUAAAAACCAUGAGAACGAAUUUUCUCUAGUAUCGUCCGAUCUGAAUUUGCCGGUAAAAAUCAUGUUUGACUUGUACUCAUGGGGUGCAAAUUCUCAUGGACAACUUGGUUUGGGCUACAAAUCAGAAAUGUGUACAACACCACAAAAAUUGUCAUUGGAUGUCUCACUUGAUUUAGAAAAUAUUGAAAAGAUGCAUGGAGGUGGUGGUCAUUUGUUAAUAUUGGAUAAGAAUGGCAGAAUGUUCGGUUGUGGAUGGAAUAGUAAAGGUCAAUUAGGCAUGUGUAAUACUAUCGAUUCGCUGACAAUAAAGCCACUAAUGAAAACAGAUGUGCCGAUCGUUGACAUUUCGUGUGGAUGGGACUCAUCUGCUGCUAUCGAUCAACAAAACAAUUUGUAUGUAUGGGGAUCAAAUGCGUUCGAUCAACUUGGAUUUUCAGCCAAUUUUAUCGGCACAUUCUUUACGUUUCCAAUGCUAUUGAAUCUGCCAUUGAACGAAAAAGCAAAGAAAGUGUGCUUUGGUUUGCGUUACAUGUGUAUAUUGUGCGAAAGUCAAAAUGUGUACAUUGUUGGACGAUGGAGAUUUUUAGACACCUGUGAAGUAAUUAUGCAUAAUGACACAAAUUUCUACAAAAUCAUUAUUCCACCUAAUCACACGAUUAAAGACAUUUCAAGCGGGUCAAAUCAUAUCGUCUGCGUAUGCAUAGAUUCAUCGGCGUCGGUUUGGCUUAUCGGUUAUGGUGACAAUAAGUUCUUACAAUGCACUGAAAAGAAAAUAUUAAAUGAUGAUAUUCGAUGUUUGCGAAGUGGAUGGGCACAUAAUGGUGUGUUGACCACAAGUGGACGUGUAUACAUGUAUGGUCGAAAUACAUACGGACAAUUGGCUAGUUUGCAAUGCGACAACGCAAAUGAGUUAAUUCAGCUGAAAGGCAUCGAUGGAAAAAUUGAACAAUUUUAUCUUGGCGCAGAACAUGGGCUUGUCGUCACUGAACACAAAAAUGCGUUUACCUGGGGUUGGAAUGAACAUGGCAACUGUGGCAAUGGAAAUGAAACAAAUCUACACGAACCGCACAAAGUACAAUUACCUGGAAAAUGUAUGCACUCACUUGCUGCCGGUGGUUAUUGUUUUGCUCUCGUUCAAGUUACAGAACAAAAUUAAGUCGGAUUAACUACAUAUUUGCAUUUUUGCCAUUUGCAUUGUCAAAACAAUGUAAAAAAACCUUCGAAGAAAUAAUAAAAAUACGAAUAACAUUGAGAAUAAUUUUUAGAUGAGAAUAAUGUUUAAGUAUCAAUUGACGGUGAAAUUUUAACAUUUUGACGAAGAACAAUGGAGAGCGGAGAUAAAUUGAAUAUUGCGUUUGUUGAAACCAGCCUGAAUGAUUCAAUGUUGGCCGAAGUUGACGACUUGUUCGAAGACACAGACUACGUUGAUGAACCAACAAGUUUUUGUCUUUUCAGAAAUGCUUUUCCGAUGCGCUCUUCAACGCCGAAGCUUGAGUUUGAGAAUAAAGAUGGAGAACCCCCAUCAUUUGAUAUGUCAUGCAACAUGGACGUAACCGAAGACACCAAUAUUACUGAUAUGUGUAACGCAAUGGCCGAUGUCAAUGUUCAAUCACAAUAAACCAAGCAAACCGAAAGCAAAAUGCAAAUAGCCCAGUUCCAAAACAUUAUUUUUUGUAUUGAAAUACAUUUUAUGUACAAUAACCCUACAUUUUCACAAACAAUUCAAUAAAAGAAAACACACAAUGUAAAAAUAAUUUUGU